AUGGCUGCCGCACCACCACACGUCUCCAAGUUCACGCGCUUCCUCAAUUCGGAAACAGGCCCAAGAACCGUCCACUUCUGGGCGCCAGUCUUGAAGUGGAGCUUGGUCAUCGCCGGCCUCAACGACAUCCAGAGACCCGUCGAGAAAAUCUCCGGAACCCAACAGCUUGCAUUGUUCUGUACCGGUGCCAUCUGGACCAGAUGGGCCGCCUUUGCCAUCACUCCUAGAAACUACUUGUUGGCCAGUGUCAACUUCUUUUUGGGCGGUGUGGCCGGCUACCAACUAUCGAGAGUAGUCAAGUACAGAAGAGACCAGGGCGACAGUCCAGCACAGGUUUUCCAGUAUUUAUUCAAGAGCGGUUAG